CCGUCCGUGUGUUUGUUUCCUGUCGGAAGCAUGAAGUAGCGACCAGCAGACAAACCAAGCUGAACAUUUUUCUAUCAUUUUUUUUAUACAAAUCUAACUCAGAGUGGAUUUUUCUACGGCCAAGAUGUCUCGGGGCUCCAUCGAGAUCCCUUUACGGGACACAGAUGAGGUCAUUGAGCUCGACUUUGACCAGCUGCCAGAAGGAGACGAGGUCAUCAGUAUCCUGAAGCAGGAGCACACGCAGCUGCACAUAUGGAUCGCUUUGGCGUUGGAGUACUACAAACAGGGCAAAACAGAGGAUUUUGUCAAGCUUCUAGAAGCGGCUCGUAUCGAUGGAAACCUGGACUACCGAGACCACGAGAAGGACCAGAUGACGUGUCUGGACACGUUGGCGGCUUACUACGUCCAACAGGCUCGUAAAGAGAAAAACAAAGAUGCCAAGAAAGAGCUCAUCACACAGGCCACGCUGCUCUACACCAUGGCCGACAAGAUCAUCAUGUAUGAUCAGAACCAUCUGCUGGGUCGAGCCUGUUUCUGCCUGCUGGAAGGAGACAAGAUGGACCAGGCCGACGCUCAGUUCCACUUCGUCCUCAAUCAGUCCACCAACAACAUCCCUGCUUUGCUUGGUAAGGCCUGCAUCUCCUUCAAUAAGAAGGAUUACAGAGGAGCACUGGCUUACUACAAGAAGGCUCUACGGACAAACCCAGGCUGCCCAGCUGAGGUCCGUCUGGGGAUGGGUCACUGUUUUGUGAAGCUCAACAAACUGGAGAAGGCUCGCCUGGCGUUCGGUCGAGCCCUGGAGCUGAACUCUAAAUGUGUGGGAGCUCUGGUUGGUUUGGCGGUUUUAGAGCUCAACAACAAGGAGGCGGACUCCAUCAAGAACGGCGUGCAGCUCCUCUCCAGGGCCUACACCAUCGACCCCAGCAACCCCAUGGUGCUCAACCACCUCGCCAACCACUUCUUCUUCAAAAAGGACUACAGUAAAGUGCAGCAUCUGGCUCUUCACGCCUUCCAUAACACCGAGGUGGAGGCCAUGCAGGCUGAGAGCUGCUACCAGUUAGCUCGCUCUUUUCACGUGCAGGAGGAUUACGACCAGGCGUUCCAGUAUUACUACCAGGCCACUCAGUUUGCCUCGUCUACCUUCGUGUUGCCCUUCUUCGGCCUGGGCCAGAUGUACGUGUACCGAAGAGACAAGGAGAACGCAGCUCAGUGCUUUGAGAAGGUUUUAAAGGCCUACCCCAACAACUACGAGACCAUGAAGAUCCUGGGAUCUCUCUACGCUACUUCUGAUGACCAGGAGAAGAGAGACAUCGCCAAAGGUCACCUGAAGAAGGUGACGGAGCAGUACCCGGACGACGUGGAGGCGUGGAUCGAGCUGGCUCAGAUCCUGGAGCAGACCGACAUCCAGGGAGCUCUGUCAGCGUACGGCACGGCCACACGCAUCCUGCAGGAGAAGGUCCAGGCCGACGUUCCCCCCGAGAUCCUCAACAACCUGGGAGCGCUGCACUUCAGACUGGGCAACCUGGGAGAGGCCAAGAAAUACUUCCUUGCCUCUCUGGAACGGGCCAAAGCUGAAGGAGAGCAUGACGAGCAUUACUACAACGCCAUCUCCGUCACCACCUCCUACAACCUGGCCCGUCUGUACGAGGCAAUGUGUGAAUUCCACGAAGCCGAGAAACUCUACAAGAACAUCCUGAGAGAGCAUCCUAACUACGUGGACUGUUAUCUGCGUCUUGGAGCGAUGGCUCGUGACAAAGGAAACUUCUACGAAGCCUCUGAUUGGUUCAAAGAGGCCCUGCAGAUUAACCAGGAUCACCCUGAUGCCUGGUCGCUGAUCGGGAACCUUCACUUGGCCAAACAGGAGUGGGGACCCGGCCAGAAGAAGUUUGAGCGGAUCCUGAAGCAGCCGUCCACGCAGAACGACACCUACUCCAUGCUGGCGCUGGGCAACGUGUGGCUCCAGACCCUGCACCAGCCCACCAGAGACCGGGAGAAGGAAAAGAGACAUCAGGAUCGAGCUCUGGCCAUUUACAAACAAGUCCUACGAAACGACGCCAAGAACCUCUACGCUGCCAAUGGCAUCGGUGCCGUCCUGGCCCAUAAGGGCUUCUUCAGAGAGGCUCGUGACGUGUUUGCUCAGGUGAGGGAGGCGACGGCCGACAUCAGCGACGUCUGGCUCAACCUGGCUCACAUCUACGUGGAGCAGAAACAGUACAUCAGCGCCGUGCAGAUGUACGAGAACUGCCUGAAGAAAUUCUACAAAUACCAGAACACGGAGGUGCUGCUGUACCUGGCCAGGGCGCUCUUCAAAUGUGGGAAACUCCAAGAGUGCAAGCAGAUGCUGCUGAAGGCGCGUCACGUGGCGCCCAGCGACACGGUGCUGAUGUUCAACGUGGCGCUGGUGCUGCAGAGACUCGCCACGCUGGUGCUGAAAGACGAGAAGAGCAACCUGAAGGCUGUGCUCAGCGCCGUCAAGGAGCUGGAGCUGGCUCACAGGUACUUCAGCUACCUGAGCAAGGCCGGAGACAAGAUGAGGUUCGACCUCGCUCUCGCUGCUUCUGAGGCCAGGCAGUGCUCUGACUUGCUGAGUCAGGCUCAGUACCACGUGGCGAGGGCCAGAAAGCAGGAUGAGGAGGAGAAGGAGCUCCGGGCCAAACAAGAACAGGAGAGAGACCUGCUGCGUCAGCAGAUGAUGAAAGAACAGGAGGAGAAGCUGAGCAAACAGGUGGAGGAGCAGAAGAAGCUGCUGGAGCAGAGAGCUCUGUACGUGGAGAAGACCAAGAACCUGCUCACCUUCGCUGAGGGAUCCAAGGAAAUGUCCAAAGAGAAGAAGAAGAGCAGCGGACGGCGCAAGAAGGGAGGCGACGAUGAGUUUGUCAACGACGACUCUGACGAGGAUCUGCCGCUGAAGAAGAAGAAGAAGAGGAGGGCGGGCAGCGGCAGCGAUCAGGAAGAGACGGAGGACGGGAAGUCGCGCAAGAAGAGGAGGAAACCUGCCCGAGGAGGAGAUUACAGCGACGAUGAGGAAGGAGGAUCUCGACCCAAGAAGCAGCGCAAACAGAAGGAACGCAAGAGGAUCGAAAAGCCCCAGCCUGAGCGUCUGCCGCCGUCUCUCAAAGGAAAGAUCAAGUCUAAGGCGAUCAUCUCGUCUUCUGAGUCCUCUUCAGACGAGGACGGCCUGAAAAUAGCUGAAGACAGACAACAGAGAGACAGCGGUUCAGGAUCUGAGGACGACGGCGGCCACAGGAAGCGGAUCGCGUCCGACAGCGAGUCUGACGGAGGGAGGAACCGCUCCGGCAGCGAGGCGGGAAGCCCUCGCCGCUCCGCCGCCUCCGGCAGCGACGACUCUGGCAGCGACCGGCCGGUGAAGAAGAGGAGGGUGCAGCGGCAGUCCGACUCGGAGCAGUCGGACAACGAGAGCAAAAAGAGUCGGUCGGCGUCCGACGACGAGUCUCGCCGCGGCUCGCCCGCCGCCGCGUCCGACCGCGGAUCAGAGCGAGGAUCCGAGGCGGGGUCGGACAACGAGCGCUCCCCGCGGCGCUCCGACAACGGCUCCGAGCGGGAAGCCUCCAACAACGACGACAGCGACUAAAUCUUCCUCACAGACACUUUUCACCACGCGACGCUGAGAAAACUCUCCACGUCUGCAUCUUUUUUAUUUUCUAUUCAACGCAGGGAUUUCUGUCCGUACGAUAUCUUGGAUUAGACUAGAGAAGUGUAGGUUGUUUUUUCUGUUCUGGUGUUUUCCUCACAUCCUACCGGAGAAACGUCUUUUCACACACGCUUUCUGUUUUGUUGAAGACGGAUCAAAUGAUUUAGAGUCAGCUAAAAGGUGUAAACAUCUAUUUUCUAUCUCAGACGGUCAGACGAGACACUGACCCAAAAAAUGGAAAGAUGCUUCAACAAAAUGACAAAUAAAAAAAAUAAAAAAAAAGGGAAAGAAUUGUGUAAGUUGUGUGUUGUUACAUUCUGCACCCAUAUCAUAACAAAUACACAACUGGAUUAGAUUUACUUGGAUUUUAAGGUCAAAAUUGUUUCCUUUAUUUCCUUUGUCUGAUCCAUCUUAGCCCCAAUAAGUUUAUUAAGUCAUAAAACCAGAUAGAUGAAAUAGAUUUCAUAUCAACCAAAAAGGUUUACGGAUGAAAAAAGUUGACAAAGACGAAUACGAAGGACAUUUUCACUAUAAUUUUAGUUACUUUUGUAACCACACAAUACAGUUUCAGUUAGUUUUCGAUUUUUCACACAUGCUGUUUUUGUUGAAGACGGAUCAAAUGAUUUAAAGUCAGCUAAAAGGUGUAAACAUCUAUUUUCUAUCUCAAACGGU